GCUUGUGUGAGCUACCAAAUACAUUUUCUGUUAAUAUACCUAUGUGUUGGUUUGACACACUAAAGGUGGCAAUGUAUACUUACCUUUCGGCUUGGCUAACCACAAAGCAAACUGCGGAAAAUGUAGAGACUGAGAGUGAGCGAGAUUGAGAGUGAGAGAUUUUACUCCACCUCAGUAGGAGAUAAUAUUAAAGAGAAAUUGCAGGAUAUAUGUGGAAAUUUCGUUUCCUUUUGCAGCUACAAUUUCUCUUCAAUGCAUUUAGCUUCUCUUUUGCAUGAAUAUUCUCCACUUCUCGUUUCGUACAUAUGAGGAAUUAGUUCUUUAGGUGAACUGCCUCAAGUUGUUUUCAGCUAUAGUUGAUCACAUUGGUUGACGAUGAUUGUGACGACCUCGUCAAGUAUACUGUUCUCGUGCGCGCUGCUUAGUCGUAUUGCAAUUUGAUACGGUAGAAUUUCUGUGAGCUUUAACUUUGAUAAAUUUCAAAUAUUUGCUAUUUGUGAUAUUCCAGCAGGAAUGGACAUUUUCAGCACGAGUGUAUAUAUAGCCGCAUGCACACAUACACAUAUACGCAUACGUACACAUUUAGGGAUUCACUAAUGUGUAGUGCAGUGAUUUAAAGGAAAAGGAUUUGGAAAACAGCAAAAUCAUUCUGUGGAAAGAAUUCUUGGUAAAACAAAAUAAAGCACCCCAAAAUGAUUUAUAGAUAACAAAAUCAUAACACAAUUUACAAUCGAGAAUCGAAAAUAUCAUCAGUUAGUGUAAAAUAAAAUAAAAAAAAAACGUCUAUAGCUAAAAAAUGCGAAGUAAAAACAAAAUAUACUACAGUUAUGUGAGAGGAAACUAAAAUACGCUAGGAAAUGAACUGUGAGGUGUGAAGAAUGAAAGACUUUUAUGAGCACAAAAAAGUGAUCAGAAUAACGACUGGAAUAUUAAGUGGGGCAGGUAGUCCAAGUAAGAGUUAAAAAGAUAGUUGAAAAUACGCAAAAUGUCUAAAAGGAAAACAGCGAACUGCAAGUCAUCAAAUAUUACUGAUACAUUACGUUAAUUGACGCAAAAAAAAGAAAUAUCUCUCAAAAUAUUUCAAAAGUAAAUCUACACGAAAUAAGCUCAAAUGCACAAACAUACUGCUACGGUAAACCCAAUAACCCUAAAUAGCACUAAAAGUGGAAACGCGGAGCGGGGAAGGAAUUUAAGGCGAGUACAAAGAAUAAAAAUACAAAAACAAACAAGAAAUCUACGAAAGAGAUAAUUAAAAGUAAAUACAGCACAAAAUCGGGGAAAGCAUGCUGGAACUGUAAACAUAAUCGAUAAAACCGAAACUGUAGCAUAAACAGAUUAACCACGCGAAAUAAGCAAAUAAAUAAGUGCAGCUUUUAGGCGCGGGAGGCGCUGACGUAUAUGCAACAACGAGAAUUUAGCAAGCCAUGCAGAGUUAGCAGGCGGCUAAGGUCAUCCCCAGUCAGGAAAUAAGCAGCCAGCCAACCUGUCCGAAUAUUAAAUUAACAUUCUCCGUAAGGUUUGACUGCAUGCAAUUAUUGUUGCUAUUAUUGCUAUUGUUGUAGCUUAAACGCGUUUUGACUUGACACGCACUCGUUCUUUUGCUGACUGGCUAAAGUCAACUGGAAGCCAAGGCUUUGGCGAAAAAAGUGCUAGCGCACGCUAGCUUGCAAUAGAAGGAAAUACAAGCGCUUCAUUUCACUUAAGUUUUACAAAUAUUUUUGUUUUUAUAUUAACUUUUUUUAUGUGUAUUAUACCUUACCAAUGAACUGUAAACAUCACGCAACGCUUCGGCCCAAAAUUUAGAGCGUAAAGCCUAACAUACGCCGGCAUGGCACGAACGUAACUUCUACCAUGUAGAUGGUGGCAUAAAGGCGGCAUUGAAAAUAUCAUGAAAAACAUGCCAAUACGCACGCACAUGACAACAUAAAUAAAUAAAUAAUGUGGCAAGAUAUAAAUAAGGAAAAUAAACUGAGCAGUCAAGCACUGAGCGCACAUACUUUUAGGAAGUAGUCCUCUGCUAUAGAGAAUGUGCAAAUGCCUAUAUGAGACUCAUUUUCAACUAGCCAAAUAGUCAGUGUAACUGCAUUUAAACCUUAGCAUCACUACCGGAGCGGAAGAAGGUGGAAGGGCAUACAUUUACCGCACGAAAUAAACAAACCAAUCAGUUAUCCUGCCAUUAAAGUUUGAGACGUGAGGCACUCGCAACGACAACAAAUCGAAACAAGUAAACCAAUAAAUAGCAAAUACAAAAAGAACUACACUACUCCUAAUACCACUAUAUACAUGCUACUACUUAGUAGGAGUUGAUUUCGAGAAAAAUAUAAAAGAUUCCAGAUUUGAAUUCAACUACUCAAUUUCACUAGCCUGUGCUGUGCCGCUAACUUAAUGCUUGACGUCUGAAUUAAUUUUUGUAGAGGCGCAUUGAAUGCAUUAACGAAUAUAAAUAACAUUUUCAACGAGGCAAAUAUAAAAGGCGUUAACACACAUAUUGCACAUAACCUAGAGGAAGUCUAGAACAAGAAGAGCCAGCGCGAUGGACAAGGUAAACGAAUAACAAAAGCGAGUACCAGCGUCAUUGUUGCACAAACAAAUUAAAAAAAAACUAGCAACUUAAACAACGUCAUCAGCAACAAAGCACCUUCGUUCACGAACAAAAGACAGCAUCAAUACAAGUAAAGAGGAAACAAAUAUUAAUAGUAAAAGUAAUAUUCAUCUAUUAACAAAGCUGUGUGUGUGCGUGGUUGUGUGCAAAAUGCUGUGAGCUCCAACCUGCCCCUCUGGCAUCAUCACCAACACCGUCGUCCUCAUCGCUAACUUUUUUAGUAUCACAAUUGCCAUUUCAUUACGCUAGAGCGGCAAUAGUGGCCCCCCAGCGUUACUGGUUAUAGUGGUAAAUAUAGCGCGCAGUAAAUCUUCGCUGUCGUCAAUAUGGCCUUUAGCGGUAGCAAUAGUAGAAUCGGUGUCAGCAGCAGUAGUAGCAGCAGCAGCAGCAUAUCAGUAUGGGAUAAAUGCACAACAGUAUUGUUGUUGCCACGUGCGCGGCUCAUCACCCUAUGGCUGGCAUUCAAUUUAGCGCUGAUCGUGCAGGAGCCAAUGAAGAAAAUCGCCUCAGUCGACGCCGCGACUGGUGGAGGCAGCAUGUUGGGUGAUGUUAACAUAUCCGCUAUUCUCGAUUCAUUUAGCGUUAGCUACGACAAAAGAGUAAGGCCUAACUAUGGAGGACCUCCCGUUGAAGUUGGAGUCACCAUGUAUGUGCUAUCGAUCAGCUCGCUGUCUGAAGUUAAAAUGGACUUUACAUUGGACUUUUACUUUCGCCAAUUUUGGACCGAUCCUCGUUUAGCGUAUAGAAAACGGCCUGGUGUAGAAACACUAUCGGUUGGAUCUGAGUUCAUAAAAAAUAUUUGGGUACCUGACACCUUUUUUGUAAAUGAAAAACAAUCAUAUUUUCAUAUUGCAACAACAAGUAAUGAAUUCAUACGUGUUCAUCAUUCUGGAUCAAUAACACGAAGUAUUAGGUUAACUAUUACCGCGUCAUGCCCAAUGAAUCUUCAGUAUUUUCCUAUGGAUCGGCAACUGUGUCACAUAGAAAUCGAAAGCUUCGGCUAUACAAUGCGUGACAUUCGUUAUAAGUGGAAUGAAGGUCCAAACUCGGUUGGUGUUUCGAAUGAGGUAUCUCUGCCCCAAUUUAAGGUCUUGGGUCAUCGUCAGAGGGCUAUGGAAAUCAGUCUUACAACAGGAAAUUACUCGCGACUCGCCUGUGAGAUACAAUUCGUGCGCUCGAUGGGCUACUAUCUCAUACAAAUUUAUAUACCCUCUGGACUGAUCGUUAUUAUAUCAUGGGUAUCAUUUUGGCUCAAUCGUAAUGCCACACCGGCACGUGUGGCGCUCGGUGUUACCACCGUGUUGACAAUGACCACACUGAUGUCGUCAACAAAUGCAGCAUUGCCAAAGAUUUCAUAUGUCAAAUCGAUUGACGUGUAUUUAGGAACAUGCUUCGUUAUGGUCUUUGCCAGUCUUUUGGAAUACGCCACCGUCGGCUAUAUGGCAAAACGAAUUCAAAUGCGAAAACAAAGAUUUAUGGCGAUCCAAAAGAUAGCUGAGCAAAAAAAGCAGCAACUGGAUGGGGUGCAACCACAGCCCAAUCCCAAUCCGAGUGCAGGCGAUCAUGGACAUGGGCAUGGUCAUGGCCAUAGCCAUGGUCAUCCUCAUGCGCCUAAACAAACAGUGAGUAACCGACCAAUUGGCUUUUCAAAUAUGCAACAAAACGUUGGUUCGCGCGGUUGCUCGAUAGUGGGACCCUUGUUCCAGGAGGUGAGAUUCAAGGUGCAUGAUCCGAAGGCCCAUUCCAAAGGUGGCACGCUCGAGAAUACUGUGAACGGUGGACGUGGCGGACCGCCAGUAGGACCACCCGGCCCCGGACCCCAAGGCGGUGGUGGAGGAGGCGGCGGCGGCGGCGGAGGUGGAGCGCCCGAAGGUGGGGACGCCGAAGCGGCAGUACCAUCCCAUUUAUUACACCCGGGAAAGGUAAAAAAAGAUAUCAACAAGCUGUUAGGCAUAACGCCAUCAGACAUUGACAAAUAUUCGCGCAUAGUGUUUCCCGUGUGUUUCGUUUGCUUCAAUCUGAUGUACUGGAUCAUCUACUUGCACGUAAGCGAUGUGGUUGCCGAUGAUCUGGUAUUGCUGGGCGAGGAGAAGUAAAGCAAGCGGCAGAAUGUGAAGCAGAGGACGCAGUGUGUCACGCUAGGCGUGUCGCAGGUUGCAUUAAGCCAAAACGAUGACUGGACGAGCAACGGGAGUACAGAAGGAAAGCAAAACGCGCUAAAUUAAUUAAGUUUACACAUUAGGCAAAUACACUAUGAUAAAAAUUAGCAUAAGUAUAUAAGUAAUACAGGCACGAGAGGAUUAACAUACACAUGUAUGUGUGUACUAGAAAAAUCAGUCAAAAAACGACACAAAAAAAAAGAUAGGUAAAAAUUAAUUAUACCAUGCAAAAGAAGAAAAAAACUGGAAACUCGGAAAGAAAAUCAAAAUAAAAAUGAGUUUAAGUCUAAAUAAAAUAAAAGCAUGAUAGCACUGGUACGAGUAAAGACAUGCACAUACACUGAGAAAAAAACACAAGAAUACUUUAUAGGCAUAUAAAAAAUCAGUUAGUGGAUCGAAAGGCUCAAUAAUAAAAUUAAUUAACCUAAAAUCAAUAACAAUACAGUAAGCGGUAAAAGCUCAAAAUAAUUACAACUAUAAAUAAUCGAAAGCAUAGUGAAGCACACGAUGAAAACGAUUUUAGAAAGUAAUGACACGCCUAAAUGUAAAAUGGGUAAAACAAAAUGAAGAAUAAUUAUCAAAAUGAUAAAAGUGAACAUUAGGAAAUCUUAAAUUAACACAAAACAUACACACGCACAGAUGCAAGCAGUGCAGAAUGACAAGCAGAUACACAAUCUUACCAAACGUAGAUAAGGCGCACAAUCAUGCACAGAAAAUUUCCGUUAUAAAUAAUAAUAAACCUAACGCGCGCUUGCUAUGUAGAAGAACGGCAUACUUUCCAAAAAAAAAAAAAAAUCAAAAGAAAUAUUGGAGUUUUCAGUUUACUUUUGCUUCCUUAUGGGAAGAAAAUAUUUUUGAUAAGUUGUGAGUGGAGUGCAAAUUAUUUUUGGAAAUCAUCACACAUUUCCUGCAAACGAGCGCUACUUUACGUGUGUUACUAUUACAAAUAACUACCGAGCUAAUUAUUUAGCUUAGUUUAGAGCUUUUAAUUUGAUUAUAUGAAUAGUUAGAAUAAUUUCGUUAUAUGAAUAGUAGCUAUUGAGCUUUGUGUGAUUUUUGUUUACAAAAUCAAGCGUUGUUAAACACUGAGUUUUCCUUAGUACAAUUGGCUUUCCUCCAAUAGUCAGUUAGGCCAGUACCUUUUAUGAGCAAAAUUAAAAAAUAAAAAUGGGCAAAGAUGAGCAUUCUAUUCAAACGCAACGGCCAUACUUGGUAGAAGAGCAAAACUAUUAUAUAUUACUUAUAUAUGCACAUGCAGUUGUAUGCCUAUGAAACGGAAUUUUUACACGGGCACAAUGAGCAUCGAUGGACUACACCAUGCCAUAAAUUUGUGAAUACUUGAUUUAAAAAAAGUGCUCGAUUUUUGAGUCAAAUCUACCGUGAACUCGUUUGUAGAUAUUUUCUUGUAAGAAGCGGAAUGUAACUAUGUAAGUGCAUGUAAGAUUACAGGCCCAGCUAUAAAUUGCAUGCAUUGUAUGCAUGCAUUACAGCUGGCUUCGCCUAGAACCACCUAAAGUUUCCUUCAUCAUUAAUGAAAUUAUCAACAUUUGUAUGUAUUUGAGAAAAAAUGCAACACAUAUUUGUUUGGUCAAAGCCCUCCUACUAUUUGUGGUGCUAGUCAAAAGCGGCGGCAGAGGAGGAGGAGCUUUUCAAUGGUACAAAUAUACUCGGAGGCUUGGAACUGUCUGAGGGGAAGCAAUCGCUAUUAGGAAAAGCAUUUUCUAACAUUUGGUGUUCACGCACCAACUCAUUCGGCUACGGCGGCCGCUGUAAAUUUUCACUUUUAAAUAGGAUUUUUGGAGCUAAGCGCUCUUCUGUAAUAUUCAAGAAAAUUAAAUGCGAAAUCUUGAUAGACAUUUUGUUUUUUUUGUUUUUUAGUCUGUACAACUUGCAAGUACAGCAAUCAGACAAUCUUAAGUCCGUUGUGCUGCACUUGGACUCCCUUCUUAAUUUUCUUUAAAUCUACCUGACCGAAAUAUGAGUAGAUCUUCUGGUGCUCAGAAGCCAAGGUGGUCGCUUUUUAACACAUCAGAGCUUCAAGCCGGGCAGAUGCACAGCAAGUACUCCGCCGUUUCAUCGUCCUCUGCAUAUGAUGGGCAAAAUUCACUGUCUGAGAUGCCCACCUUUUUCAUGUGCUUAGCCCAUAGAAAGUGGCCCGUCAUAAGUCCAACCAGCUGCCUGUAGUCAGACAUGAUAGGUAGUAUCAGUUUUGUCCAUCUGCCUGCCAAGCUCACUUGUGGGCUGAAGUAAGCCCUAACCGUGGCUUUGAUGGCUGCAGAAGGGAGUAGCAAAACGGGCGCCGGGACAAAGAAGUUAACCUCAGAGCCCAUCCUAGCUAAAGAGCCAGAGGUCUUGCUACCCGCGAUACCAACGUAUCCCGGGAGCCAUUUUAGAAUCAGGAUAUUGUGUCUGCCGACACAGUUAACGGGACUCAACUACACUUGAAUCGGUUGGAGGGCUGCUUAAGGCCAUGAGCGCAGACAACAUAUACAGAUCUGCCUCACCACCGGCUUUUCACAAAAAAGUUCAUUGCUUCUUGAAUAGCAUAUUGUCAUAGCAUUUUGAUGGACAAUACUUGCAUGCUUGUUUUCGACAAGGUCGACAAACAGCCAAUUAUUUUCUUUGCCAGAAUAAUAUUACUUAUAUAUUUAAUACAAGUACUCGAAAGAAGUAUGGGCUGUGGAUUAAGGAACUAUUGCCACUGGAAUUUUGUGGUUUUCGUGUAAUUGUAGUGUGAGCAAAAUUUGAUUGCAUACUUUUUACCAAAACCUACUACUUUUAUAAUGUUGGACAGCUAAAUAUGCUAAUAUAGUAUGUCAGCCUCCUUUUCUCUGGCUAAAAUCAUGUAAACUCAAUUUAGUUACAAUUUAGUCACAAUCUAGUUACAGCCAGGCUAGUUCAUAUUUGUAAAGUCGAGAUUUGGCUCAUCAAAGGAAUUGGUCUAACUACUCGUAUUAGUUAGGGCACAAUAAAAGCAAUGCUUCCAUAUACUGACAACUCGAAAGAUAUUUCAUUAAAUGCAUUAUGCAAAUUGUUUGCUGCAAAUAGGCCUACUAUCGAAUACAUACUAUAAGCAUAUAAAUAUAUCAAUCGCGUUUAUUAGUUACAUAUAAAAGUUAAUCUAUACAAAUUUAUUGUUGGGUGAAUACGUUUUCAUUUAAUAUUAAUUGCUCAGAUCAUUAUAUAUAUUGAUGUUGAGUACAGUCCAGGAGACACAAGUUCGAAUACACUGAGAUAUUUGCUGAACAUUUUAAUUAUUUUUUUUUAAUUUUUAUGCUUAAAACUUUGCAAGAAAUUUCGGUAAAUCACAAAUAUAUUUAAAGCUAUUAGCUUAAAAUAAAAGCAAAUAUUUGUAUAUUAAAAACUUAUGUACAUACAUAAAUACUUUUACACUUUAGCGCUUCCAAAACUAUUUGCCAAAUUUUUUGAAAUUGACAUAAAAGAAAAUUCAUCAGAUUAGCAAAAAAUCAAGAGCACAACACAAAUUGUAGUUAUUUGCGGGAGGUUACGCGCAUUUGAGCGUAGAUUUUCAUUGCGUAGAUUAAACAAAUUUAAAAGUAGUUGAUUCGAAUGUGAGCGGCUCUAAAACGUGCAAAUUUUUUAUUUAAUAUUUUAUAAUAAAUUAUUUAAAUUAAUUAAAUUAUAUUAUAUUUAAAUUACACAGUCCCACAAUUAUCGAAUUAUUGUGCCCAUGGUACAUUUCUGAAAGCGGGCAUUGCCUGACCAUUUUUUCUGAACAAAGUUUAGUUUAUUUUCUAUUGACAUUUAAAAGUAGAACUGUGAUGCUUGAAGAAAAGCUGUUUCUUGUAAAAAGUAUAGCGCAUUGUAACCUAAUUUUUUUUUCAAAAGCUCAAAAACUAAGUUAGUUAUUGACAACAACUUCAUGUUGUCUAAUGCAGUAUAAAAACUGAUCAAAUUCGAUAGAUUGGGAAUAGGCUCUACCAAGAUGACUCCUUUAUAUUUUACAUACAAUGCGUGAAGGUAAAAUUUCUUGCAAAAUCUCAACUGCACUGGUUUUAACGCUAUAAGCAAAUUAGUAAUUCAAAGUACUCAGCGUACAUCUUUUCUGUACUCAGAAGUUCCAAUUAGCGUUGAAAAACUAAGUUCUUUCCUUAUACUUACAAACUUAUUUCACUAAAUCUAAUUGCCCAGAAAGUAUUUAAGUUCACAUUUAGGAAGAUUUACCAAACACACUUUAAUUAAAAUAUGUAGGGUAGGACCUGAAUUACUGUCGUUAUAAAACCAGCUUGCUAUUUAAAAUUAUAAGUUUAAUUUGUUUAAAUAAGUAUGUAAAAAUAAACUUAAUGACGUCUUCGGUAAAUAUGUUUCGAUUUUAAACAAAAAAGUGUACGCAAACAAUAAAAUACCCAUAGAGCUCUCAUUUAAACAUGGAAUUAAGAAAAACUAUAACCCUUAAAAAAUUGUAUCAAAAAAGGUCAGCCGAUAAUCACUUUCAGAAAUAGGCGAUGGUUAUAAUAAGACAAUAGGUCUCUUCUUUUAGCCAAGCGUUAACGAGUGGCGAAUAGAUGAAGCAAAUGUCAUAAAUGAACAUAUCUUGGCAACGCGGGAAUAGCGCGGGCCUCAAAUUUCAUGUGUUUGUGAGACAGUGAGUUAUACCAGUCUAAUGAGCUAUAGACAUGCUUGCUACCGGCGAAUCUUGCUCGAUAACUUUGUAGUUGCUUUCGCGUGCAAAUUUUUCGUCAAGUUAGCCGAACAGAGAGAUAGCGAGCAAGGAAGUGGUGAAUAGAAGAGCCCUAAUGGACUCGGACAGUGUUAUUAUUACAGCAAUAAUGAUUAGUUAAUGUGCACACGCCUGCUCAUUAACACAAAUACACACACACAUACAUAUACACAUGUAUACACAUAUUCUUUGAGACAAUGAAAUAUGUAGGCUUACUCUUGGGAAAAUUGAAAGUUCUAAAACGAUUGAGAAAUAAAAAAGCGAAGUACAUAAAGAAAUCUAAAAAAAUUAAGGCGUUGACUUGAAGUUAUGGCUUAAUAACCAGCACAUGUUAGUCUUAGAAAAUAACUUUACAUACCCUUUAACCUAUAUAUGUAUGUAUUUGUAUAAAUACCCAAGCGCAAAUGAACAAUAUCCCCAUAUACUCGUAAUAUUUACGUGUUGAAAAUUGAAACCAAAUGAAAACAAAAUGUAUGUAUAUAUACCUAUAUAUGUAUGAGACAGUACUAAACCAAUUACUUUACAACCAACUGACAAUGAACAUGUGUAGGUAUGUGUGUAAAUGCCAUACAGGUGUCCUACAUGUGCUACAAGCUAUGAACGUAUGACCUAAUGCAAUCCUAUUAGCAAAAAACAAAAAAUAAAACACAACAAAAAACUAAAAAAAAAAAUACGAUAGAACUCGCUAACUAAAACUUUAUUUCAAUUCAUUUCAUGCAAAUACCAAAGCAGUUGCAGUAAGUA